CAGCCGGCCCCAGAAAGAACUGAUGACUAUGACGGGUCCUCAAUUCAUUCUAGGUGGUUACACCUUGGUGGCUUCUUUUCGUUGUUCAGAUGUUUACAGGCAAGUCUCGAGGCAAUAUGUGAUUCCACCACAGACACACCAGACUAGCACAUGAAGGAUUCUGUUCGCCGUGAAGCAACUGUACCGAAAAGCAUUUGUGCGUUCCUGAUCUGUCUCCAGGCAUAGAGUCAGACAGUUAGAACAAAACCGUUCUAAACUGGCUCCCUUGGCUCGGACUUUCCCCCGGAAUACAGGUCACCGGGCCGCCCCGUCACCGCGUCCACUUCCCGUGCUGGACGAGGCUCCUCCCUCCCUCUGCACGUCCCUCCCCUCGCAGUAAGCUCCAGAGUGUCUGUCUCCCGCUGCCUACCUCUUUCUUCACCACCAGACAAGCCUGGCAUCCAGACCCCAAUGGCUAAUGAAGCUAACCCCUGCCCAUGUGACAUUGGUCACAAGCUGGAGUAUGGUGGCAUGGGCCAGGAAGUUCAGAUUGAGCACUUCAAGGCGUACAUCACCAAGUCCCCUGUGGAUGCAGGCAAAGCUGUGAUUGUCGUUCAGGAUAUAUUUGGCUGGCAGCUGCCCAACACCCGGUAUAUGGCCGACAUGAUUGCUGGGAAUGGAUACACAACCAUUGUCCCAGACUUCUUUGUGGGGCGAGAACCAUGGGACCCAGCCGAUGACUGGUCCACCUUCCCUGAGUGGAUAAAAUCAAGAAAUGCCAGAGAAGUCAAUCGAGAGGUUGAGGCUGUCAUGAGGUAUCUGAAACAAGAGUGUCACGCCCAGAAGAUUGGCAUUGUAGGCUUCUGCUGGGGGGGUGUCGUUGUGCACCACGUGAUGCUGACAUACCCAGAAGUCAGGGCGGGGGUGUCUGUUUAUGGCAUCAUCAAAGACAGUGAAGAUGUUUAUAAUCUGAAAAACCCGACGCUGUUCAUUUUUGCGGAAAAUGAUGCUGUGAUCCCACUUGAGCAGGUCUCCGUGCUGACUAAGAAACUGAAAACACACUGUAUAGUUAAUUACCAAGUUAAAACAUUUUCUGGGCAAACUCAUGGCUUUGUGCAUCGGAAGAGAGAAGACUGUUCCCCUGCUGACAAGCCCUACAUUGAGGAGGCGAGGAGGAAUCUCAUUGAGUGGCUGAACAAGUACAUGUAACAGUGCUCAAGCACAGGGCAGCUGUCAUUCAGAUUUUCCUGGGAAUAAUUAGCCAUCUGAUUUCUUACUUUACAUAAAAUAUAGGGAUCUUAAAAUUCUUCUGAAACACAAAUACAAAAGAAACUAAAAAGUACUUAGUAUGCAAUAGAAUUUUUUUUUUCCUCUCUGAGACAGGGUUUCUCUUUGUAGCUUUGGAGCCUUUCCUGGUCUUUUAGACCAGCCUGGCCUUGAAAUCACGGAGGUCCGCCUGCCUCUGCCUGGCACAAUAGAAAUUUUUAAUAAAUGCUCGGUACCUGAAGAACUCAAA